AGAAAGCGAGCGGAGAGGAUACAUCGCCGCCCCGCGUAUUUGCUCAGUGAAUCAUACCCGUCCGAUUACGUACGGACGCGCCUGUACGCGGAUAUUCCGUCGUGCUUAUAUAUAUAUAUGUAUAUAUAUAUAUAUAUAUUAUAUACACAUCGCCUGUGUUAUUGUUGACGUGUCUCGGCGACGACUGCUAUUCAGACGAGACUGGGUCGCUAAUCGGAAAAUAGCCUAUAUUUCUGGAAAAAGGGAUUCUCUGUCUCCCCUCUGAGAUUUUUCCUGGUACGGCGAGAAAAGGAACUUUGGUUUUUCUGAAAGGAAAGUGCAGCGCUCUCUCUCUUUUCUCCCUACCUCAGGCUGUUUAUUAUUGCAUGGGAUACCUCCUCGGCUCAGGUAAACACCGAAAGAAGGAAGGAGAGAGAUGGAACUUGGAUUGUCGGCGUGAAGAGAGAGAUAGUAAUCUCUGGCAUUAGAAAGAGAGAGGACAAAAACAUAGAGCUUCGAGAGAAACCGUCAGGUCCCCGUUGCGCAGUCUGUUUACUACACGUCGUAGUUUCGCGUUGCGUGUUUCGCGCGUCAACGUCGAGAGCGUGAGCCGCAGAGGAGAGCUCGAGGAUGCCGAGCGCCGAGGAGACGACGUAUCUGAUCGGCGUGAUGCCGGACGGCGCGGCGCAGGCUGACGCGUUCCUGACGCGCGACGUCGACCUGCUGGUGUCGCAGAUUAAGGAGAAUCUACGGCUGUCCAGUCUGAAGGCCAAGUCCAGUAUCAGCUGCAAGAACAAUCGGCCGUCGCCGUACCGGGUGCCGGCGCGUUCCUGGGCAGAUCCGGCCGCCGGCUGCGAGGUCUGCGGUCUGCGAUCCAACGGCCAGCAACAACAACAACAAUCGCAGCAACAGCAUCACGUGACUGCUGCUCAUCAUCAUCACCAUCACCACCAUUAUCACAACCAUUUGAAGAGGAGCGAGAGGAGGGUGAACGAUGACCCGUACGAGGUCCUUCAGGAACUGCUGCGCGAAGGCGGCCUCAUCAAGGAGGCGGUCAAGAGGCUGCAGGAGAACCUCGACGAACUCUCGAGCGCGGAAGUGGACGAGGACGACGUGGUCAACGACGAGGACGACGUGCGACGGUCCGGUGGUGGAUACCGCAGGAAACCGUACUUCUACGAUUCCGAGGACGAGCCGUUACCGUCGAUGUACGACCCUCUGGAACUGUGAGCCGCCCGACGGCGACGCUUGGGAAAAACUUUUACGGACGUUCCUACGUUCUCGUCGUGAACAAUGCCGCUUUAUCCCGCGGUCUUUUUCGACCUGGUCUUUUUCCUUUAUUCUCUUUGGGAACGAGAUUUUAGGUAGGGUCGCUUCUUUUGUGAUUUCGGGACGGAAAGUGUCUCGAAAGCGGAUCGCAUCAGAAUUUCAUGUUGAAGAAGGAAGAUAAAAAGGGGUAUUCCUGUGAAAACGCGUUUCCUUCGCUCGACCGCGUGGGAGUCCCAGGAUGACUGGAUGGAGUGUGCGUGCGUGCAUGUGUGUGUGUGUGUAAAUACAAUUAGGCGAGAACUCGCCUUACAUGGCCGUGUUUGUAAAUACGCUGCGUUGUCGGCGCUGCGCGAUAGCUUCGCCUCGCCGCUGUAUCGACGCUCGCGGACGGACCUACGUGGAAGACUUAUGGCCGCCAACGCGGCCCGCGCCCCGCUCGACUCGCUUCACCACCGUUUUGAAACGCGCACGCGAGAUGUUCCUUUCCCGUACUGUUCUACAUCGCGUCGGUAUCUCGAGAUCAUUUAUUAAAUAUCGCUGGCGAACUCAACGUCGUCUCGACGUGACUAAUGCCUAUUUCUGUCAAUGUAGAUUAACUAUAAUCUCGGUUCUACUUUUCAUCUUUCUAUCUGA